AUGCGUCAGCAAUCUGUAACCGACAUCAAUGUCGAGAUUGCUCAGUAUGCUGCCGAAUUUAUUAAAGCUUUUCGGAAGAACCUCAAGUGCGAGGAUGGCGACGGCAUCCCGGAUAUCCCCCUCCGUAACUUCGGCUAUCUGUAUCUCGCUGAUACUUCUGAGUUUGCUGGGGUUCUUGAGGAAGAUCAAAAGCUUCAGGCUCACUGCGGUGCUGGGACUGAGAUGCUGUCGGCUGAUGAGAUAGCAUCCAAGUAUCCUUUAUUUGUUCUGGACGACAUCCAGGCGGGCAGUCUCAACACUGUUGACGAAGGUGCCUUUGACGCCCUCGGCAUGGCCUAUAGCCUGCGCAAAGAAUCUCCACAGCUUGGGGUCGAUUACAUCAACAAUGAAGUUGUUGGAAUGACUCGCGUCGGCAACAAAAUCACUUCUGUUACUCUCGAGACUGGGGAGAGCAUCAGUGUUGAUAACGUUGUCAACGCCACAGGAACCAUAGCUGCUGAGGUCUCGCGGCUUGCUGAUAUAGAUCUCCCGAUUGAGGCUCGCCGCAGAUCCACGUAUAUCGUCUCUGUCGUUGAACCUCUGUCUCAAGAUCUCCCGCUCACCAUUGAUCCUACUGGCGUUCAUAUGCAAUCAUACGGAAAGAAGGAUUACCUCGUAGGCUGUUCUCCGAUCGGUCUUGAUGUUGCUGUCAACCCUGAUGAUUUCAGCUACGCGGAGGAUGUAUGGAACUUGAAGAUGCUGCCUGUUCUCAAGAAGCGAGUUCCUCAGUUUUCCACUACAGAGGACACGCACUCGUGGAUGAGCCAUUACGAGUUCAACACGUUCGAUCAUAAUGCCAUCAUUGGACCGCGUACUGAAGUCUCCAACCUGUUGCUCUGUGCCGGGUUUUCUGGACAUGGAAGUCAACAAGCUCCUGCUUGUGGACGAGGUGUCACAGAGCUUAUCACGUACGGAGAGUUUCGCACUCUGGAUUAG